GAGCCGGCGGCGAGAACGGCUGCCGCCUUCAGUCUCCACCCGGACUCCGCCAUGUUGAGUCUUGUGGGUCGUGUGGCCGCCGCGUCGGCCUCCGGGGCCUUGCGGGGACUCAGCCCUUCGGCGUCGCUCCCCCAAGCUCAGCUUUUACUGCGGGCCGCCCCGGCAGCGGUCCAAUUUGCUCCUAUUCAUGCUGAGGAUCCUGAGUUCAUAGAGAUGAGGGUUGAGCAGGAAAUUCUGGUGACUGGGAUCAAGGUUGUGGAUCUGCUAGCUCCCUAUGCCAAAGGUGGCAAAAUUGGGCUGUUUGGUGGUGCUGGAGUUGGCAAGACCGUGUUGAUCAUGGAGUUAAUCAACAAUGUUGCCAAAGCCCAUGGUGGUUACUCCGUGUUUGCUGGUGUCGGUGAGAGGACCCGAGAAGGCAAUGAUUUAUAUCAUGAAAUGAUUGAAUCUGGUGUAAUCAAUUUAAAAGAUGCUACCUCAAAGGUAGCAUUGGUAUAUGGUCAAAUGAAUGAACCACCUGGUGCCCGUGCCCGGGUAGCCCUGACUGGGCUGACUGUGGCCGAAUAUUUUAGAGACCAAGAAGGUCAAGAUGUACUGCUGUUUAUCGAUAACAUCUUUCGCUUCACCCAGGCUGGCUCAGAGGUGUCUGCCUUACUGGGCAGAAUUCCUUCUGCUGUAGGCUAUCAGCCAACCCUAGCAACUGACAUGGGUACUAUGCAAGAAAGAAUCACCACCACCAAGAAAGGAUCUAUCACCUCUGUACAAGCUAUCUACGUCCCUGCUGAUGACUUGACUGACCCUGCCCCAGCUACUACUUUUGCCCAUUUGGAUGCUACUACCGUGCUGUCUCGUGCUAUUGCUGAGCUGGGUAUCUAUCCAGCUGUGGAUCCUCUGGACUCCACCUCUCGCAUCAUGGAUCCUAGUUUCUUAGACGACAUGAAUUGGUCAGUCUGGUGGCUUCCACUCAUGGAUAAGGUUGGUACCAUGCUACACUCCUUGCUAGUUGGAUUUACUUUCCUUGCAGGCGACUAUGACCAUCUCCCAGAACAGGCCUUUUACAUGGUGGGACCCAUUGAAGAAGCUGUGGCAAAAGCUGAUAAACUUGCCGAGGAGCAUGCGUCUUGAGAGCCUCCCGCCAGAAUAAGCUCUCUUCUGUCCUGCCCUUCACUUUGCUGAUAACCCUGAAACCAGUUUCUGUGUCGGCCGUACAAGAGCCUCAGUUGAAGACAUACUGUGUCUGAAGAGUAUUUAAGGUUUCCAAUAAAAUGUAAACCCAGCA